AUGGCCAGCAACCGAAUUCGGCGGAUGAGGAAAGAAAUUGCCGACAUCCACGCUGACACCCACUCGCGGAUCAACGCAGAGCCCGUCGGCGCCGAGGACGAUGUGACACACCUCCGAGGUUCAUUUCCCGGGCCACCGGGGACACCCUAUGAGGGAGGUACAUAUAACAUCGACAUCAGGAUUCCCGAGAUGUAUCCAUUCCGUCCACCCACCAUGAAAUUUGAAACCAAGGUGUGGCAUCCGAAUGUCAGCAGCCAAACGGGUGCCAUAUGUCUCGACACAUUGUCUAGUGCCUGGACACCCGUCCUGACAGUGAAGUCUGCCCUUCUUUCGUUGCAAUCUUUGCUCUGCACUCCGGAGCCCAAAGACCCUCAAGAUGCCGAGGUGGCCAACAUGUUCCUACGGAAACCCAAGGAGUUUGAGCGGGUUGCUCGCGAAUGGGCAGUUCUUUAUGCUGGUGCUCCCCGUGGAGAAACCAGCGAGGGCAGCAGGGGUGCAGCAGAGGAGACUGAGGAAGCAGCACAAGAUAAUGUGGCCCAAUAUGACGGAUACAACAAAGACUUGGUCGACCGCUUCUGUAGCAUGGGAUUCGACGUGGAACGAGUCGUCGGUGCCUUCCAACAUGUGGGAGUGGACCGGCGAGGAGGGCAAGACUACGAGCUGAACGAGGGAUCAUCCAUCCCGCACACGCACCUCUCCACGAUGAUCGAAGACGACAUCUAUCGCACAUCCUCCCAGUUCCGGUUAUGGUCCUACACCGAAACUUCUUUACAGUCUCUACGCGCCAAAACCAAUGCCGCUGCCAGCGAACGCGUGCGGACGGCCCUACGCCGGGCCCGUGAGGCGCAACAAUCGACCGCAUCCUCUGCGGUAGGAACGCCGAUGACGAGCCAGCCGGAGAGCGAAAGUGAAGGCAGGGGAAAUGAGGAAAAGGAAAUUGACUGUUUAACCCCCGAAGAAGAGCUGGUGUUUGUGCGGUAUUACUGUGAGCAGUUGCUGGAGCUCGGGGAGACCUACAAACCGCCACUGCCGACACUGGUCCGGGCCACGGCAAUCCAGUACCUCCGCCGGUUCUAUUUGUCCAACUCGCCCAUGACCUACAACCCUAAACAAAUCAUGGCGUGUGCGCUCUUCCUUGCGACCAAGACUGAUAACUAUUACAUGUCCCUACGGCAAUUUGCCGAUGGCAUCCCAGGAAACACGACCACUGAGGAUGUCAUUGCCCCCGAGUUCCUGCUCAUGCAGGGACUGCGCUUCACAUUCGACGUUCGACACCCGUUCCGCGGCCUCGAAGGAGGCGCCAUGGAGCUCACAGCCAUCGCCCAAGGCAAUGGCCAGCCAGCGCCUCACAUAGCGCACCAAACACCAGAAGACCUCCGCCGGGGCCUAAUGUCUAUCGCUCCACCUCCCGUUCCCUCUUCCUCAAUUACAGACCGCAUCGGACGCGCGCACGGCACCACCCGCGAGAUGCUCAAGUCCGCCGCGCAAAUGACAGACGCCUACUUCAUCUACACACCCUCCCAAAUCUGGCUAUCAGCGUUUCUCCUCGCAGACCGCCCUCUCACCGAAUUCUACCUCGACACCAAACUCGGUGGACCGCUCACAAACACGACUGCCUCAGCAACGAGCCCCAACAACAACCUCCAAAACCCACUCUACGAUCUCCGCACGAAAGUCCUCGCCAUCUUAAACGACUGUGCUGCCCUCCUCCAAUCUUACACGCCUCUCUCGUCCGACCCAGUGCAAAUGAAGAAUCUCAAGCGCAUCGCGAAGAAGCUCUAUCACUGUCAGAAUCCCGAAAAGGUCAAUUUAGCCGCGAUCCAAAAGCGCGGAUCUCAGGCUCCUCCAUCCCGGGCCGCGUCUAGUGCUGCUGCUGAUUCUGGGCCCGUGAGCUCUGAGAGCGAAUCGGAUCGUCUAGCGAAGAAGCGGAAGCUGGAGCGAGAGCAGAAGAAUCGCAACGCCGAUCCGUUUGGGCCGGAGCUGGUGACGGAGCGGACUAAAAAACACUGA